AUAAAGGAUCGCAGAGAAGACGAUGAAGAGAGGAGAAAGAUGUCACUUUCCAAUUUCCCACCUUUUACCAGUGAGUCACUGAGUAACUGAGUGAGUGAGUGAGUGAAGAGCCGAAAGUGUGUGCGAGGGAGGGAGAGAGAGAGAGAGAACGAGGAGAGAUUCCUUUUCGCCGUGCUGCUGCUCCCUGCUGCGAGUGCCACCACCCUCUUUUCAGCCUUUUCCUUUGUCCUUUCUUUCAUUUUCUUUAAUGGCGUGAUUGCUCGCGGAGUUAUUUCCCCAAUUGUACGGCCGGCUGGUCGCUGGAGAAAGAAAGAAAAUGCCGGAGGAGGGAGCGACGAAGCUAAGAUUAAGAUUUCACUAGCAGCAAAGUGUAAUUGGCGUUUGCAUGCUUCGGUUACCCUUCUUUAUUGGGUAUGCUUUCUUUUUUCCCCCCUUCUUUUCCGCUGCUAGAUUCCUUUUUUUAUUGAGGGAAAGAUGGGGAAAAGCCGCCCUUGAUUGGCUGUAACUGCUUGAUUGAGCGACUGAUGGGAGAAUGGAAGAAGCUGUCUCAGUUAGCAUCCAGAUGAGACAGGAACUGGGUUGCAUCUGUUGAUUUCCGUUGUAUAUUGGGUUUUUGGUUGUGGAGGGGAUUGGAGUUUGUUCUAUUGUAGAGCGGGGAUGAUUACAUACGAGGAGGAUGAUGUUGUACGGUGGGGUUUGCAGCUGUUUGAGAGCGAUCCAUACUCUAAUUAUGGGUACUGCCAAACCCCAUUGCAGAGAGAUUUGGAUUACUACGACGGGAGGUAUUUCAAGGGAGGGUAUUAUGAUGCUGAGCGUUGCAAUGAGGAGAGGGAUGAGCUUAUUGCUCAUGCUCUUCAGGAAGAGUUAUCUCAACUUUCGGUUGCUGAACCACCUGCUGAGUCCCCAAACGAAGAGGAAGAGGACGGAGGAGACUCACAAGUCUCUGAUCUACCACCUAAUUGGUUUGCUCAACCCUUGGUUGAAUAUACUGUAGGCCAGGAGGGUGGUCAAGAAGAGGCAGAGAGUAUGGAACCUUCUAGUUCGUGCUCUAGCCCUCAGGAGAACAUUUACUCUGUGGAGGAUUGGUCUUACUCGGGGGACAUGACGGAUGUGUAUGCUUUUGAUGGUGAAGUGGGGAAAUGGUUGAACGAAAUGGUCCCAAUUCCUCAUGUUCCUAGGAUCAACGGAGAAAUACCAUCAGUUGAUGAGGCAACGUUAGAUCACCAAAGGCUAUUAGACAGGUUGCAGGUGUAUGAUUUAGUUGAGCGUAAAGUGCAAGGAGAUGGAAAUUGUCAGUUUCGGGCUCUGUCAGAUCAAUUUUAUAGGACUACUGAGCACCAUGAAUUCGUGAGACAACAAGUUGUAAAGCAGCUGAAGUCUUCUCCGGAGAGCUAUGAGGGAUAUGUUCCUAUGGCUUACGAUGACUAUUUGGAGAAGAUGUCCAAGAGUGGUGAAUGGGGCGAUCAUGUCACUUUACAAGCUGCUGCAGACUCGUACGGUGUUAAGAUAGUUGUCAUUACAUCCUUCAAGGACACCUGCUACAUUGAGAUUCUUCCGAAUUUUCAAAGAUCAGAACGAGUGAUUCUACUGAGCUUCUGGGCGGAGGUGCACUACAACUCAAUAUUUCCUCACGGUAUUAGUGUUCUCUUUAACAAUUGAAAGAAAAACAUACCACUUUUAGUAUUCAUUCAAUGGAAGAUGAGACCAGACAGACAUCCCUGCAAGUUACUUGUUGCUCCCUGUUGCAGACAUCCCUGCAUACGGGACCAGGAGGAAGAAGAAGUGGCGGAUGUUCCGAAACAAGAACUUGGAGCCAUCUGAUGAACACCAAUAGACAUUCUGCACAUGACCUGACAUUAGUGCAAUUUUUUCACGCCUUCAGGAGGCAAAGAGAUCUCAUUCUCGCCAAUGCUAUGUUUUUGUAUUCCGCUAUAGUAUCCAAAGCUUUAAUGAAAUAUUCGACUAGAUGCAGAGUUGUGGAACUUACCAUUGCGACAUGUUAGUGUUAUGUUGUGUAGUCUCUUCGUGCUCCCAUUUUGUAGGCCUUCUAAUCGUUGUUUUUGCCACAAUGUUUCGCCUUUAUGCUCUCCAUUCUACUAUGAAUGUCAAAUUUUUAGUUGUGCAUACUAUUGUCGG